AUUACAAGUGGAUGCUCCUAUCACUUUAGCUCCAUUCUUGCUCGUCUUCUUCUAUCCUGUUCCUGUCUGUACUUGACAAAUAUACCAAAAUAAUCUAUAAAUAAAGCAGAGCACCAAACCCACUUUCUCUUAAUUAUUUUCUAUUCGCCAAGUCCAUUUUGUUAUCUACUCUACAUCUUCCUUCUAUAAAAUCCCAGCGAAAGCGAUCCUAAUAGAGUUCACAAGAUUAACCUGAUCACUUUUCCGGGAAAGUGAGACUGGGAGAGAAAGUGCUAGAGAAUUAAUUAAGGUUAGGUGAAAGAGAAAUAAAAGAAAGUUUUAGAAGUAAGAAUUAGAUUAGAAUUUGCUGUAUGUCAGUGAAAUACUACAGUGACAAUUACUACGGUGGAUUCGGUGAAGUUGCUAACCCUUUACAAUGGCCACAGCUCAGGAAAAGGCGACGUCUUCUUGUUGCUCUGCUACCGCCUCCACCAAUUCUUCCUCUGCAAGAAAAGCCGCUGCUGAAACUGAGGUUUUGCAGGAUUGGAGCGUCGGUGAAGUACGUGACCCGGUAGAGGAUCCGAUCCACAAGAAAGCUACCAUGGCUUCACUGAUCCGCCCUGUUGAGCCCCUCACUGACCCUCCUCCUCCUCCUCCACCUAACCCCACUUCCGCUAAAGGAAUUACAGUGAUGGCGAGGGCACAGACCAGCCACCCUUUGGAUCCUUUAACUGCUGCUGAAAUUUCUGUUGCAGUGGGAACUGUUAGGGCUGCUGGAGCAACUCCUGAGGUGAGAGAUAGCAUGCGCUUUGUUGAAGUAGUUUUGCUGGAGCCAGACAAGAAUGUCGUUGCAUUGGCGGAUGCAUAUUUCUUUCCUCCUUUCCAGCCUUCAUUACUUCCCAGAACUAAAGGUGGACCUGUAAUUCCCACUAAACUUCCCCCUAGAAAAGCAAGACUUGUUGUUUACAAUAAAAAAUCAAAUGAGACAAGCAUAUGGAUUGUUGAACUAUCUGAAGUACAUGCUGCAACUCGAGGUGGCCACCACAGGGGCAAAGUCAUUUCAUCCAAAGUUGUUCCAGACGUUCAGCCUCCUAUGGAUGCUGUAGAAUAUGCGGAAUGUGAAGCGGUGGUGAAAGCCUUCCCUCCAUUUCGGGAGGCAAUGAAAAAGAGGGGUAUUGAAGAUAUGGAUCUUGUGAUGGUGGACCCUUGGUGUGUUGGAUAUCACAGUGAUGCCGAUGCUCCAAGCCGCAGGCUUGCCAAACCACUUAUCUUCUGCAGGACUGAGAGUGACUGUCCAGUAGAAAAUGGUUAUGCUCGUCCGGUCGAAGGAAUCCAUGUUCUUGUUGAUAUGCAAAAUAUGAAUGUGAUUGAAUUUGAGGACCGUAAACUAGUUCCACUACCACCAGCUGAUCCCUUAAGAAAUUACACUGCUGGUGAAUCUCGAGGAGGUGUUGAUAGAAGUGAUGUGAAACCUCUACAGAUCAUUCAACCUGAAGGUCCAAGCUUUCGUGUUAAUGGGCAUUUUGUUCAGUGGCAGAAGUGGAAUUUUCGUAUUGGUUUCACACCCAGGGAGGGUUUAGUUAUUUAUUCUGUUGCAUACGUUGAUGGUAGUCGAGGUCGGAGACCUGUGGCCCACAGGUUAAGUUUUGUUGAAAUGGUGGUUCCCUAUGGAGACCCCAAUGAUCCGCACUACAGGAAAAAUGCAUUUGAUGCAGGGGAAGAUGGAUUGGGUAAAAAUGCACAUUCUCUUAAGAAGAAUUGUGAUUGUUUGGGCUUCAUCAAGUACUUUGAUGCACAUUUUACAAAUUUUUCUGGAGGUGUUGAAACAAUUGAAAAUUGUGUUUGUUUGCAUGAAGAAGAUCAUGGAAUCUUAUGGAAGCAUCAGGACUGGAGAACAGGAUUAGCAGAAGUCCGACGUUCUAGAAGGCUAUCAGUGUCUUUUAUAUGCACUGUAGCUAAUUAUGAGUAUGCAUUUUUCUGGCACUUUUAUCAGGAUGGGAAAAUUGAAGCUGAGGUUAAACUCACUGGAAUUCUCAGCUUAGGAGCACUGCAACCUGGGGAAGUACGGAAAUAUGGUACAACUAUUGCUCCUGGGCUGUAUGCACCUGUCCAUCAACACUUUUUUGUGGCACGUAUGGAUAUGGCUGUUGACUGUAAGCCUGGUGAAACAUUCAAUCAGGUUGUUGAGGUGAAUGUUAAAGUUGAAGAACCAGGAAAGGAUAAUGUUCAUAAUAAUGCAUUCUAUGCUGAAGAGGAAAUUCUCCGAUCUGAAUUACAAGCAAUGCGUGAUUGUAAUCCAUUAACUGCUCGCCACUGGAUUAUCAGAAACACAAGAACUGUCAACAGGACUGGACAACUUACAGGUUUCAAGUUAGUACCUGGUUCAAAUUGUUUACCAUUAGCGGGUGCAGAGGCAAAAUUCUUGAGAAGAGCUGCUUUUUUGAAACAUAAUCUUUGGGUAACGCCUUAUGCGCGUGAUGAAAUGUAUCCUGGAGGGGAGUUUCCCAAUCAAAAUCCUCGUGUCGGAGAGGGAUUAUCUACUUGGGUGAAGCAAAACCGAUCAUUGGAAGAAACAAAUAUAGUUCUAUGGUAUGUAUUUGGAGUGACACACAUUCCUCGGUUAGAAGACUGGCCUGUCAUGCCUGUGGAACGCAUUGGUUUUAUGCUAAUGCCACAUGGAUUCUUUAACUGCUCACCAGCAGUGGAUGUUCCUCCAAGUGCAAGUGAUUUGGAUCUAAAGGACAGCGGGAUAGCAGCGAAGCCAAUCCAAAAUGGACUACUCGCCAAGCUCUAGAACUGAUGGAGGAACCACUCUUGCUCGAAUAAUUGAGCCAUUGGCCCAACUUCCAGCAAAAGCUAUUCGAUUAUUUCGAAUGUCUGGAUAAUUAUAUCUUCAAAACUGCAUUGUGUCUUUGUAUCAUGUUGCUAUAGCUUGUCUUGUUAAUGAUGAUUUUGUGGAAAAAUGUUAUUGUGGGUGCCUUUUGAGUUGUGGCAGAGGCCGAGACCCCAGACAGAUUGAUUAUCCUUAGAUAGGAGGGGGAAUGUUUUAUGCUACUCUAGUCAUUUGAUGUAGCUUCUAGAGGACUCUUAAUGACAGGAAAUCCAUCUUGAUUAUGUUUGUUGAUAUCAUGUAAUGUGGAUAUUAAUGCUUGAAAUAUUUUUAUUUUUAUAUAAUAAGAAGUCAGUGUAGCUGGCAGAUCAAGUGUUUCUCUUGUCA